UAGAAUUAUUUUAAUAUAUAAAUGAGUUUAAAAUAAAUAAACGCUACACAUCUUUUUUUUACAUUUUUUUAUAUACAAAAUUGCGAAUAAGAUGAAAUAAAAAUAACAGUUGAAGAUGUCAUAUCAUAUCUCAUUGCAAAUGUGAUAUCAUAUUUAAUGUUACACAGAACAAAUAUUAGCUAUUAUCAGGUAUAUAAAUCAUUUUUUUGUAAUCCGAUACAGCAAUGAAUAAACUUAACAUCUCGAGAUGUGACAUGGGCAGACGCAGACCAGAUUGGUGGUCGGAGCAGCAACAGCAACAGCACGAUUUGGAAGAGGGAUGUCCUAGGAACGCGGCUAAUGCUCGGGAAAGAGCGCGAAUGCGGGUGUUGAGCAAAGCGUUUAGCCGGCUGAAAACGACAUUGCCUUGGGUACCGGCUGACACUAAACUGUCUAAGUUGGAUACCUUGCGGUUAGCUACCACGUACAUAGCGCAUCUGAGCUCACUGCUUUCCGCAUCCGACCAACCAGACUCCGCCGUCGUUACCGGAACUGCUCAUCCGGCCAACGCUAUGACUUGGCCGUAUAACGUACACAGCGGAGUGAAAGAAUGCUCAUCGCCCGAAGAAGACCGAUACGAUUGUUACAUGCUAGGGCAGAAGACGACCUAUUCACCUUAUAAUACUUACUACACGUCUAUUAAUUCUUAACUAUUGAUUGUUUAAAACUAUAUAAAUGCUUUUACAUAACAAUAUA